CCCCCCCCCCCGCGCCGCGUGAGCCGGGCCCGGGGAGCCCGCCGGGCCCGCACCGCCGCCUGCCAGACAUGGACACAAACAACCAUUUCAACUUCCCGGGCCUUUCCUCCGUACCUACUGCCUCAGGACUGAAACCCACGCCUUCCUCAGGGGACAGCCUGUACACCAACGGGGCUGCACUCAGCUUCCCCCCGCAAGGGAAAAGUCUGAACGGGGGCAUGAAUGUCAAUGGCUUCUCUACUGUAUCUCACACCAGUACUUCAGGGACCUUCACCUCCAGCACGCAUUCCUCGGGCACGCCUCACCUCCGCUCCUACGACUGCCUCUGGGACUACGCGCAGUACCAGCCGGCCGGCGCGGGCGGCCUCAAGGACGGCAGCCCCAGCACCGCUCCGUUCCCCAGCCUCGCGCAGUUCCCGCUCAAUGGUGUGGCGGGGGGGUCCCGGCCGGCCUCCCCAGGGCACAGCGCCAACCUGCGGGGCACCGGGCAGGAGCUCUGGGGCAACGGCACCCCUGGCUCCAUGGGGCUGAACUUCGACUCUCAGGAGCUGUAUGACUCCUUCCACGACCAGAACUUUGAGCUGAUGCCAAACGGGCCGGCCAGCUUCUACACGGCCUCGCAGCCAUCCCCCAUGCUGGGCUCUGGCGAGCCACCCUUCCCGCUGCCACCAGAGGAGCCAGGCGCCGGCGAAGAUGAUGCUGAGGCCGCCAAGGAGAUGUCCCCGGCCAUUGCAGAGAACGGGGACGGGCUGGUGGGCAGCAUGGAGCUGGAGGACACGCAGCCAGACUUGAAGCUCUGCAGCUACAACGGGUCUGCCCCCGCCGUGGUGCCGCUGAGCCAGGAGGACUCGGUCCUGGCCCCCGCCGUGGGCAGCGGCUGCCUGGGGGACGCGUCGCCCAUCACCGCUCCGCUGGAGGACGCGCACAUCCUGAGCGAAGACCCCCUGGAGCCAUUCGAGUCCCUGGCCAGAGACCCAGGCACCGGGGACCUCUACACGAUGGACGACUCGCAGCUGGUGAGCGACAAGUCCCCCCUGGAGGAGCCCCCCGACGUGCCCAGCCUGCGGUGCUCUGCCAGCCCCCCCCUCCAUGCCACCGGCCCCUUCAGCCUGCUGGCGGCCGGCCGGCCAGCCCCCCCGCUGCUCGCCAGCCCCGACUCGCCGCCUGCCCUGCAUGACAGCAGCCUAGACCUGAACAGCAGCAGCCACGCGGGGCCGGAGGAAUCGGGGUCCCUGGAGCUUGACGACGCUCCACUGGAGCCAGAGUCCGCAUCCCCCUCCGAGGAGGAGGAGGAGGAGGAGGAGGAGGAGGCUGCUGAUAGCUGCACGGAGGCUUCAGCUGCGCCAGAAGGCGAGAGCGAGGAGGCUGUCCCGCUCAGCGUGUCGGCGGGAGGUGAGGACGGAGCCCCCCCUUGGCUGGGCGCCCAGCGCACCGCCAGCGCUCGCCGAGCUCAGGUCCCCUCUGUCCCGCAGGGGAUGCCCCCCCGCAGGCGCAUCGCCACCCCGGAGGAGGUGCGCUUCCCGCUGCAGCACGGGUGGAGGAGGGAGGUGCGGAUCAAGAAGGGGAACCACCGCUGGCAGGGCGAGACCUGGUACUACGGGCCCUGCGGGAAGAGGAUGAAGCAGUUCCCGGAGGUGAUCAAGUACCUGAACAGGAACGUGGUGCAGGACGUCCGCCGCGAGCACUUCAGCUUCAGCCCCCGCAUGCCGGUUGGAGACUUCUACGAGGAGCGGGACACGCCGGAGGGCCUGCAGUGGGUGAAGCUGAGCCCCGAGGAGAUCCCGUCCCGCAUCCAGGCCAUCACGGGCAAGCGCGGGCGUCCCCGCAACGCGGAGAAGGCCAAGACCAAGGAGACGCCCGCCGUGAAGCGCGGCCGGGGCCGGCCCCCCAAGGUCAAGAUGGUCGACCUGCUGAGCAAGACAGACGCUCGGCUGCUGAAGAGGCUGGAAGCCCAAGAGGUGCUCAGCGAUGAGGACAAGCUGAAAAUGAGCAAGAUCAAGAAGAAAAUGAGGCGGAAGGCCAAGAACAAGCAGAAGCAGGAAGCGAAAGCUCCCAAAGGGAAGGAAGCCAAGAAGAAAUCCAAGGCCAAGGAGAAGAAGGGCAAACCGGAGAAGGGCAAGGAAAAAGUGCGGCCCAAGGAGAAGAAGGGCAAAGGGACUCGCAAGGUGGACAAGGGCCUGUUGGCCCAGCGGCGCCUGGAGGAGCGGCGGCGGCAGCAGCUCAUCCUGGAGGAGAUGAAGAAGCCCACGGAGGACAUGUGCCUGGGGGACCACCAGCCGCUGCCGGCCUUCUCCCGCAUCCCGGGCCUCGUCUUGCCCAGCUGCGCUUUCUCCAACUGCCUGACUGUCGUGGAGUUCCUCCAGAGCUACGGCAAGGUCCUGGGCUUCGACCCAGCCAAGGACGUGCCCAGCCUGUGCACGCUGCAGGAGGGGCUGCUGGGGUUGGGUGACAGCGCAGGCGAGGUGCAGGACCUGCUGGUGCGGCUGCUGCAGGCUGCGCUCUACGACCCCGGGCUGCCCCCCUACUGCCAGUCCCUGAAGAUCCUGGGGGAGAAGGUGUCAGAGAUCAGCCUGAACCGUGACACCGUCUCCGAGGUGCUGCGCUGCUUCCUCACGGCAUACGGGGCGGAGGACAAGCUGUGUGAGGGGCUGCGCACGAAGCCCUUCCAGGCGCUGCCCCCCGACAAGAAGGCCGCUAUCCUGGCCUUCCUGGUGAACGAGCUCAACAGCAGCACCCUCAUCAUCAACGAGAUCGACAAGACCCUGGAGAGCAUGGCCAACUACAGGAAGAGCAAGUGGAUCAUCGAGGGCCGGCUGCGCAGGUUGAAGGUGGCCCUGGCCAAGAAGACGGGGCGCCCCGAGUCGGAGAUCACGGGCCUGGACGACGGGCGGCGCAGGCGCAGCUCCCGCCUGACAGAGGAGCCCAGCCUGGAGCUGGAGGAGGAGGAGGAGAGCCGAGGACGCAAAUCCCGCCGGGACGAGGAGGCCGACACAUCCGCCUCCAGCAUCCCCGAGCUCGAGCGGCAGAUCGAGAAGCUGGCCAAGCGGCAGAUGUUCUUCCGCAAGAAGCUGCUCCACUCCUCGCAGACGCUGCGGGCGGCCUCACUGGGCCAGGACCGGUACCGGCGCCGGUACUGGGUGCUGCCCCACCUGGGCGGGAUCUUUGUGGAGGGUGCAGAAGCAGCCGAUCCAGCUCCCGAGGAGCACCCCGAGGAGAAGCCGUCCUCCCACGUGGCGCCGGUGAAGGAGGAGCCGUUGGACAUGGAGGUGCCCGUGCCCGUGCCCGUGCCCGUGCCCGUGCCCGUGCCCAUGCCCAGCCGGGUGAACUGCGCGGCCUCGCGUGCCCGGGGCCGGCCGCGGAAGAGCAAGGAGGAGCCACGGAAGAGCAAGGAGGAGCCGCCCCCACCCUGCAGGCCCAAAUCCCCACCCAUCAACGGGGUCCUGGAAGAGCCGAUGAGCCUGGGGCAGAGCCAGCACGACCUCAGCCAGUCCGCCUUCCUCUCCUGGCUGAGCCAAACGCAGUCAUCCUUACUCAAGGACUCGGUCCUCACCCCGGACAGCAGCCCCGGCAAGGGGGAAGGGGGGCUCCAGCCACUCGAGACCCCAGCAGACCCCACGGCGGAGGAGGAGAGCACCACAGAGGCCGUGGAAAAGCGGGGGCCCUGGUUCAACCUGCUGCCCCGGACACCCUGCGACGACCGACCCCCCCUCGCUACCUCCUCAGCCGAGCCCUCCCCACGCGCCAGCUCGCAGCCCCGUGGCCAGCCCCGGGGCGAGCAGUCCAAGGCCUCGGCCAGGCAGCUGAACGGGCUCCCCGCUGAUGACCCCACGUCUCCCAUGCUUGCUUCCACCCCGGUCCACGCCGACGCCAAGGCCCACGGUGCCUGCCCCAGGAGCCGGAGCAGCCUGGAGAAGCUCCAGGACGUGCCAGGGCAGCCCAAGCGCCGAGGGCGGCCUCCGACCAAGUUCUUCAAGCAGAUCGAACAGAAGUACUUGACCCAGCUGACGGAGCAGCCCGUUCCCCCUGAGAUGCAGAGCGGCUGGUGGUGGCUGCAGGACCCCGAGGAGCUGGAGGCGGUGGCUCGCGCUCUGCACCCACGGGGCAUCCGGGAGAAGGCACUCCACAAGCACCUCACCAAGCACAAGGAGUACCUGAGGGAGGUCUGCCUGCGCGCCACCACGGACCCCAUCUUCCACCUGCGCCCCGAGGCGGCCGGCACCGCCGUGUCUCAGGAAGCCCUGGCUCAGUGGUCGGUGAUGGAGAAGGCCUACGAGACCGACCUCUCCAUCCUGCAGUGGGUGGAGGAGCUGGAGCAGCGCGUGCUGAUGGCCGACCUGCAGAUCCGGGGCUGGACGUGCCCCAGCCCCGACUCCACGCGGGACGACCUGCGGUACUGCGAGCACAAGGUGGAGCCCCUGGAGGACAUCACAGUCCGGAGCCGGCGGGACGGGCUGCCGCUGUGCCGCGAGCGCACCAACCCCCUGGACCUGGCGGUCCUGCGGCUGGCGGCGCUGGAGCAGAACGUGGAGCGGCGCUACCUGAAGGAGCCGCUGUGGCCCCUGCACGAGGUGGUGGUGGAGAAAGCCAUGCUGAGCGGCCCCGAGGAGCUGAGCCUGGGCACCACCGAGAUCGCCUACGAGAUCACGCCCCGGGUCCGGACGUGGCGGCAGACGCUGGAGCGGUGCCGCAGCGCGGCCCAGGUCUCCCUCUGCAUCUACCAGCUGGAGAAAUCCAUCGCCUGGGAGAAGUCGGUCAACAAAGUGACCUGCCUGGUGUGCCGGCGCGGGGACGACGACGAGCACCUGCUGCUGUGUGACGGCUGCGACCGCGGCUGCCACCUCUACUGCCACCGGCCCAAGAUGACGGAGGUGCCCGAGGGCGACUGGUUCUGCUCCGUCUGCAUCUCCCAGGCGGAGGCAUACCGGGACCCCAGCUCGCCCCGGCGAGGCAAGAAGCGGAAGCGGGGACGCCUCCUGGGAGGGGGCUUGGCAGAGGAGGAGGAGAGCCCCCGGCGCCGGGUGGCCUCUCGCCGCCGCGAGGGGCAGCCACUGCCCCGCCACGCUGCCGAGGGGCUGUCCCCGGCCAAGCGGCGCGGCGCCACACUGCGGAGCCAACCCAGCGACCUGACCUUCUGCGAGAUCAUCCUGAUGGAGAUGGAGUCGCACGAGGACGCCUGGCCCUUCCUGGAGCCGGUCAACCCGCGCCUGGUGCCCGGCUACCGCAAGAUCAUCAAGAACCCCAUGGACUUCGCCACCAUGCGCACGCGGCUGCUGCGGGGCGGGUACUCGAGCUCGGAGGAGUUUGCAGCCGACGCCAUGCUGGUGUUCGACAACUGCCAGACCUUCAACGAGGACGACUCAGACGUGGGCAAGGCCGGGCACGUCAUGCGCAAGUUCUUCGAGAGCCGGUGGGAGGAAUUUUAUCAGGGAAAGCACGCGGCCCGGCCGUGAGCACCCCCCCGGCCCGGGGACCCCCCCGCCCCCGAGCUGCCUCCCGGGAGCCGAUCUCGCUGCCUGCUGAACCCCACGGGGGCUGGGGGCCGGUGCCCAGGGCCCUGCCCCGGGGGGGGGGGGGGGGGUUGGGGCCCGGC